AUGGCCAAACCUAUCUUCUGUGCCACGCAUCCGCGUGCGUGUAGUACCGCCUUCGAACGGGUUUUCAUGACCAGGAAAGACCUGGCCUGUGUUCAUGAACCCUUUGGCGAUGCAUUCUAUUAUGGGCCCGAGAGACUGAGUGCUCGUUUUGAGGCCGAUGAAGACACUAGAAAGGCCUCGGGGUUUAGUGAAUCUACCUACAAGACGAUCUUCGAUCGACUAGAUCGCGAAGAAUCCGAGGGAAAACGUCUCUUCAUCAAGGAUAUCAUCUACUACUUGGUCCCUCCCGAUCGCCAACCCGCACGAAUUGCGCCCUCUUUGCAUACGAAGAAGCGUGGCAUCGGCACCGAAUCGGAGAAUGGAGUCAAGGCAACCAACGGAGAACACGAACCCCCUCGGGCCAGCAGUGUUCAGGGCGUGAACAGGGAGCCUCCGUUUCCAUACUCUACCGAUGGCGAGCCGGGAAACCCCACCGUCGUGCCGAACGUUUUGCUGGAGAAGUUCCAUUUCACCUUCCUCAUCCGGGAUCCUCACUCGAGUAUUCCCUCGUAUUACCGUUGCACCAUUCCUCCUCUGGACGAGAUGACCGGCUUUUACGAGUUUUACCCGAACGAAGCUGGAUACGAUGAGCUGCGUCGAUUCUUCGACUUUACCAGGGAAGCGGGUUUAGUAGGACACAAGGUUACCGGCCAAGCAGACGGGACUGCCAAUGGCGAGGCAGACAAGCCCGAAACUUGCGUGAUUGAUGCUGACGAUCUACUCGACAAUCCGGAGGGCAUUUUGAAGGCGUAUUGCAAGAACAUCGGCUUGGACUUUCGGCAAGAAAUGCUCAACUGGGACAAUGAAGAGGACCAAAGGCGUGCCAAGGCGGCCUUCGAAAAAUGGAGAGGGUUCCAUGAGGAUGCCAUUGAUUCAAAGGAUCUCAAGCCGAGGACUCAUAAGAAAGCUGCCAAAUCCGAGGCUGAAUGGGAUGCCGAGUGGCAAGAGAAAUACGGGAAGCAAGCUGCCAAAGUGAUCCGGGACACGGUUGACCAGAAUAUGGAGCACUAUCUCUACCUGAAGCAGUUUGCUGUCAAGGCAUGA